GGCUCGGUGAAGCAUUGUCGGUAAAAAAAUUUUUUAAAAAGCGAUACCUAUUCUAUUCUGGAUAAAGAACUCCCUCCAUCUCCAUGGCGACGUGGAGACGUGGAUAUCUCACAUUCAAAACCAUGCAUCGUGCGCGCAGCUUUCUCGCUGAAAGGGGAUCGGUUCGAUGGCAGAACAAAGCGAAAGGUAGAGCGCUCGCACACCGCGCUGAAGAAAAACAACGACAGGGUCUGUUUUGGGAACGAAAAGGGGAACAAUUCUGACACACAAGUUAUCUUCAUAGGAAAGAACCCGGACAAAGAGCUGAAUGGUUCACCAAUAAGGGCCUCGAUGGGAUCAGCAACAGUAACAAGGGCUAUGAAUGGAUCAGUGGUUCACCAAUCAGGGCCUUGAAGGGCAUGGCAACAGUAACGAGGGAUGGCUUGACUCUUUCUUGAAGCCCCAAUGGAGCAGGAUGUGGAAAGUCCGGCAGUCAUCACCCGAAAGCCCAAGCUACCCAAGCAGGCUCGCGAGGACCUGCCCAAGCAGCUGGGAGACCAGGUGCGGGCAAAGAGGAAGAUCCAGAGGUACGUCCGUAAGGACGGCAAAUGUAAUGUCCACCAUGGCAACGUCCAGGAGACCUAUCGCUACCUGACGGACAUCUUCACCACACUGGUGGACCUCAAGUGGAGGUUCAACCUCUUCAUCUUUGUCUUGGUGUACACAGUGACAUGGCUCUUAUUUGGCUUCGCAUGGUGGCUCAUCGCCUAUGUCCGUGGCGACCUGGAACACAUAGGGGACAACCAGUGGACUCCCUGUGUCAAUAAUCUCAACGGUUUUGUCUCAGCUUUUCUCUUCUCCAUAGAGACAGAGACAACCAUAGGGUACGGCUAUAGGGUUAUAACAGACCAAUGCCCAGAGGGGAUCCUUCUGCUGUUGAUUCAGUCAGUGCUGGGGUCCAUAGUUAAUGCCUUCAUGGUGGGCUGCAUGUUUGUCAAGAUCUCACAACCGAAGAAGCGGGCAGAAACAUUAGUGUUCUCCACCAGCGCUGUCAUCUCAGUAAGGGAUGGCCGGCUGUGUCUGAUGUUCAGGGUAGGGGACCUUCGGAACUCGCACAUCGUGGAGGCCUCAAUCAGGGCCAAGCUGAUCAAGUCCAAGCAGACCAAGGAAGGGGAGUUCAUACCCCUCAACCAGACAGACAUGAAUGUGGGUUAUGACACAGGGGAUGACAGACUCUUCCUGGUGUCCCCGCUCAUCAUCUGCCAUGAAAUCAAUCAGAACAGCCCCUUCUGGGAGAUCUCCCAGGCCGACCUUGACAAAGAGGACCUGGAGAUUGUGGUCAUUCUGGAGGGCAUGGUGGAGGCUACAGGGAUGACGUGCCAGGCCAGGAGCUCGUACGUGACUAGCGAGAUCAAGUGGGGCUACCGCUUCAUGCCCGUGCUUACACUGGAGGAUGGCUUCUAUGAGGUGGACUACAACAGCUUCCACGACAUCCAUGAGACCAACACACCCAGCUGCAGUGCCAGAGAGCUGACCGAGAUGAAUUGCCGCGCCCGCCUGCCCCUUACCUGGUCCGUGGCCAGCAAGCUCAGCCAGCAGGGGGUGCUGGAACCUGAAGGCCGCGAGAAGAAGAGUACUUCUACCCUGGUAACCCAGGAGGAGGGGCUGGAGGAACAGACAGAGAGGAAUGGUGACAUUGCUAACAUAGAGAGCGAGUCCAAAGUGUAAAGUGGAGCGAGAGAACCUAGGGCCAGGGGGGGCUGUGUGAACCGUACUGUGGCAUCUCUUCUCAUGACUACUGGCUGACCAGGUGAGCUGGUCCCAGGUUAGUGGUCAGGGCCAGGGCAGAAAAGGGGACGGUCUAGCCCGAGGAGCCCUGCAACAAGGACAGCUUCGGCCCUCAUCGGGUCAUUUACCCUCCAAAGAUAGCUGGUAAAUGACAAUGGCUGGACUGGAAAUCUCUGCGGGCAAUUGCAUGUUUUCAAAAGUUUUUAGUUCUUCUUCAAAAUACAAAUUCCUAUUAUUAUUAUACAUUUUUUAUUUGAAUAUUAAAACCUAUAUAAAAGUAUAUAUUCUAGGGAAUUUGCAUUUGUAUUUUUUGUAUGUACUAUUUGUUUUGUUGCUGAAGUGUGAAUAUUUGACAGGAAGAUGUUUGAUACUGAUUCAUUUAGACCAGGUCUGUACAUAUUCUAUGCCUUAUGUACAAAGCUUUCUUUACAUUAGGGGUUUUCAGAAAUAUAUAAGCAUGUACAAAAACUGUAGUUAAUUUAUUCUAUAUUGUGUACAUAAGAGAAUAAUGUUGAUUGUAAUAGGCAAGACAAAAUAACUCUUAACAAUUCUGUAUGCAAGCCCUAUAGACUAUUCGACCAAUGGCAUUCUCACAUCCUUGCCCACUUGGCAGAGAUGCGUUAGACCCUGACUGUGCAUGUCCACUAAACAUACCACCAAGAGGUAGUGGGAACUGUCACCCAUGACCCUCGAGUAUCAUCAGUCCAAGUCUCCCCUCCUUGAAGACCUUUUUGUGCUCAUAGGAUAGGCUUGAUGCAAUACCCUUUAAGUUGGGAAUGGAAGCUGGAAGGGAGAAUGAACUGAAGGGAGUUGAACUAAGUUGCACUUCGGAACCGAGUUGAUGUCUGUGUGACUGUUUUCUCUCCAUUUGUUUUGGCCGUAUUUCUGUUUUGGUCAUAUAACUAAACAUUAAAAUCAACAUAUGCCCAAAUACUACUUUCAAAUAUGAUUUAGGAAUUUCUUCAUAAGAAAAUGACAUAGUAAAUAACUUGUUGGGAAUACAGGGCUUUCAUGUGAAAUCAUCGCUGGAGAGUGUGGUGGAAUCUCAGUCUUAUAUGGCAGUACUGUACCUCACAGUAGGGAGGAGGAAAAUGACAGGAAGGAAGUACAUGCUCCUUUGUUCAGUAGUUGUCUGGCCACGAAUCAAAGCUCCGUUAUGAAAGACUGACCAUCAGAGGCUGUCAAUGUACAUUGUUAAAGCGUAAUAUUCCCUUACCGAGAUGCCUAUUAUCUGAAACCCAGUAUUAUUUUAAUGGUGUCUGUAACCAGCCAGGCCAGACAUGAAUGUAGGCAACUGUAUGUCAGCUGAAGAUAUGGAGGUUGCCAUGGGGAUGAGGUGGUCUUGUUAUGCUACAGACCACAGGCCGGAGUGAGUGUCGUGGAUAGCCACCCAGUGGAAAGUUCCAUGCAGGCCCUCUAGUUACUGGCACUGUAGGGGUUCAUGAUAUAAUGAUGGUACUGUGUAGGGUCUCACUGAAAGUAUAACUGAGGCAAUGUAAACAUAGGUCUUGGAGGGGAAAAGGGCUGUCUCUAUUAGAGGUCGGCCGAUUAUGAUUUUUCAACGCCGAUACCGAUACCGAUUAUUGGAGGACCAAAAAAAGCUGAUUAAUCUGCAGAUUUAAAAAAAAAAAUGUAUUUGUAAUAAUGACAAUUACAACAAUACUGAAUUAACACUUAUUUUAACUUAAUAUAAUACAUCAAUAGAAUCAAUUUAGCCUCAAGUAGAUAAUGAAACAUGUUAAAUUUGGUUUAAAUAAUGCAAAAACAAAGUGUUGGAGAAGAACGAAAAAGUGCAAUAUGUGCUAUGUAAGAAAGCGACACGUUUCAGUUCCUUGCUCAGAACAUAUGAAAGCUGGUGGUUCCUUUUAACAUGAGUCUUCAAUAUUCCCAGGUAAGAAGUUUUAGGUUGUAGUUAUUAUAUGACUAUUUCCCUCUAUACCAUUUGUAUUUCAUUAACCUUUGACUAUUGGAUGUUCUUAUAGGCACUUUAGUAUUGCCAGUGUAACAGUAUAGCUUCUGUCCCUCUCCUCGCUCCUCCCUGGGCUCGAACCAGCAACACAACAACAACAGCCACCACAUCGAAGCAGCGUUACCCAUGCAGAGCAAGAGAAACAACCACCCCAAGGCUCAGAGCGAGUGAAGUUUGAAACGCUAUUAGCGCGCGCUAACUAGCUAGCCAUUUCACUUGGGUUACAGCAGCCUCAUCUCGGGAGUUGAUAGGUUUGAAGUCAUAAACAGCGCAAUGCUUGAAGCACAACGAAGAGCUGCUGGCAAAACGCACGAAAGUGCUGUUUGAAUGAAUGUUUACAUGCCUGCUUCUGCCUACCACCGCUCAGUCAGAUACUUAGAUACUUGUACGCUCAGUCAGAUUAUAUGCAAUGCAGGACACGCUAGAUAAUAUCUAGUAAUAUCAUCAACCAUGUGUAGUUAACUAGUGAUUAUGAUUGAUUGUUUUUUAUAAGAUAAGUUUAAUGCUAGCUAGCAACUUACCUUGGCUUACUGCAUUCGCGUAACAGGCAGUCUCCUUGUGGAGUGCAACGAGAGAGAGGCAGAUCGUUAUUGCGUUGGACUAGUUAACUGUAAGGUUGCAAGAUUGGAUCCCCCGAGCUGACAAGGUGAAAAUCUGUCUUUCUGCCCCCAAACGAGGCAGUUAACCCACAGUUCCUGGGCCGUCAUUGAAAAUAAGAAUGUGUUCUUAACUGACUUGCCUAGUUAAAUAAAGAUUAAAUAAAGGUGUAAAAAAAAAAUCAGCGCCCAAAAAUACAGAUUUCCGAUUGUUAUGAAAACUUGAAAUCGGCCCUAAUUAAUCGGCCAUUCCGAUUUAUCGGUCGACCUCUAGUCUCUAUGGACACAGGCAGAUGGACAAUGCUUUCAAUAAAGCUCCUAUCGUCGCUGACGAACAUGCUCACUUUUCUAAUAUGAUGGAAAGGCUUCAAUCUUUCAGUGUGUCUCUGAGGUGAAUCCCACUGUCAUGAUUGGCCCAUAGCGGACAGAUGAAAGCACACUGGGACGAUGUAAAGAAACCAUGUGAGGGGAAGUUGGGGAACAGCAUUCAGGCCUACUCCGACAACUUUAACAAAGUGCAGAUCGAGGCUGUUAUUUUUCUUCUUUUCACAUAUUUUGCCCACUUUAUUUUUGCUGCUGAACUACUUUUCUAAAAGCAAUUUAUUUGUGUUUCUGGCAAAAUGUUUGAUUUGAAAACGAGCAGUGUAAUAUGACCUAACAAUGUUAUCACUUUACAACAGUGUGAAAUGUCUUUACUGCGGAACGUUUUAGCUCUGCUUGUCACUGAUAGCACACUUGUGUCAAUGAAGAACAUGUGGAAACACUUUACAUUAAGUUGCCCUUAUAUGAUGCAGUUAGUCUAUAGCUAUUUCAAUUGUAAUCCAUAUUUGUUACAGGUGUAGUUACUGGUAAAUACUUUGAUUUUAUAAAAAGGGUUGAUAUAUCAGCUAUGUGGUAUUUAAGCAGCUUAAUGUAAAGUGAUCGACAUGCAGGCAUCAACAUGCAGUUCAUUUGACUUCUGUCCAUCUCCGAACAAAGGCUGAACUAAACAGAUAUGUUUAUUAUAUUGACUCCUUUAUUUGACUGUAUUUAUUAAUUUGUCAUUUUAAUACCAAUCAUGGUUGUAUUAAGUUGUAACUUUAACAUGAUUACAUUCCAACAUACUGGUUCAUAAAUCAACUUCAACAAUA